CACCCCGCCCCCCGUCCCGCCAUGUCGGCCGUCAAGUCGCUGAACCCCAAGGCGGAGGUGGCCCGGGCCCAGGCGGCGCUGGCCGUCAACAUCAGCGCCGCCCGAGGCCUGCAGGACGUGCUCAGGACCAACCUGGGGCCCAAGGGCACCAUGAAGAUGUUGGUGUCCGGCGCCGGCGACAUCAAGCUGACCAAGGACGGAAACGUGCUGCUCCACGAGAUGCAAAUUCAACAUCCGACCGCCUCUCUGAUCGCCAAAGUCGCCACGGCCCAAGACGACAUCACCGGGGACGGCACCACGUCCAACGUCUUAAUCAUCGGGGAGCUGCUGAAGCAGGCCGAUCUCUACAUCUCUGAAGGCCUACAUCCUAGAAUAAUAACGGAAGGAUUUGAAGCUGCAAAGACCAAAGCCUUGGAAGUCUUGGAGCAGGUGAAAAUCAGCAAGGAGAUGGAUCGAGAGACACUAAUAGAUGUGGCGAAGACCUCCCUGCGCACUAAAGUUCACGCCGAACUGGCUGACGUGCUCACCGAGGCCGUGGUGGACUCUGUUUUGGCCAUCAGAAAGCCGGGCGAACCUAUCGAUCUCUUCAUGGUGGAGAUCAUGGAGAUGAAGCACAAGUCGGAAACUGACACCACGUUGAUCAGAGGCCUGGUUUUGGACCACGGGGCCCGUCAUCCGGACAUGAAGAAGCGAGUAGAAGAUGCUUUCAUCCUUACUUGUAAUGUGUCCUUGGAGUACGAGAAAACGGAGGUGAACUCUGGCUUCUUCUACAAGAGUGCAGAAGAGCGAGAGAAAUUAGUCAGAGCCGAAAGAAAAUUCAUCGAAGAUAGAGUGAAGAAAAUAGUGGAACUGAAGAAGAAAGUGUGUGGCGAUUCAGACAAGGGAUUUGUUGUCAUUAAUCAGAAGGGCAUCGACCCGUUUUCCUUGGAUGCUCUCGCCAAAGAAGGUAUCGUGGCUCUGCGCAGGGCAAAGAGGAGGAACAUGGAAAGGCUGACCCUUGCUUGUGGUGGGAUUGCUAUGAAUUCUCUAGAUGACCUCAAUGCUGACUGUUUAGGACAUGCUGGACUCGUCUACGAGUACACUUUGGGGGAAGAAAAGUUCACCUUCAUCGAGAAGUGUGACAAUCCCCUGUCUGUGACGCUGCUGGUCAAGGGGCCCAACAAGCACACGCUCACCCAGAUCAAGGAUGCAAUAAGAGACGGGCUGCGUGCGGUCAAAAACGCUAUCGAAGAUGGCUGCGUGGUGCCCGGUGGGGGCGCAGUGGAAGUGGCGAUAGCCGAGGCCCUCGUGAAGCAUAAACCCAGCGUUAAAGGAAGAGCCCGACUGGGAGUCCAGGCUUUUGCCGACGCUCUGCUCAUCAUCCCCAAGGUCCUCGCCCAGAACUCCGGCUUCGAUCUCCAGGAGACGCUGGUGAAAGUGCAGGCGGAACACGCAGAGUCGGGACAGCUCGUCGGGGUCGACCUGAGCACCGGCGAAUCGAUGGUGGCGGCAGAAGCCGGAGUGUGGGACAACUAUUGUGUCAAGAAGCAGCUUCUUCAUUCCUGCACGGUGAUCGCCACCAACAUUCUCCUGGUUGACGAAAUUAUGCGCGCUGGAAUGUCAUCUCUCAAAGGUUGAAUCGAACCGGAUUUUUUUUUUCUGCGCGUUUUUUCCCCCGCUCCCUUGCCCAGCGAAGGUCCGCCCUAGAGACGACCUCUGGGGAUACGGCGGUAGGAGAACCUCUCUCCCGUGUCCUAAAGGAUUUCCACAGGAAUCGCUGCUUACCUUAAUGUGGCGGUGAACCUGGCUACUACCUGUUUAAAUUUGAAAAAAAAAAAUUACACCUGCAAAUGUACGGUUCAGAAAUUGGUUCAGUAUUUAUUCUCUCUGGUAUUUUUUUUUUAGUGCACUGAAUUAAAGCUGUGGUCUUUUUACCCAGGAGAA